AUGACCCGUCGCUGACGCCCUCGAGGCUACCGCAGGCCAGACAAAGGUGUUGACCACUCGUCUGUUACUCACCUCUAAUGACCGUGGUCAGGUCAAAUUCCGCUAGACAGCCUCACACCCUCCUCAUCGACCUCGCCGUUUUCAACGAUCAGGACCUCAUCUCCUCCACCGAUGACCCACAGUCCUCACAGACGUCUUUUGGCAGUGGAUCCUCUGGAGACUCGUCGUCCUCGUCGGCGCGCUACUCCAGCAGCGUCCUGUUCUCCGUUCUCUGUCUGCACGAAUACAACUCGGCCGAGGAAAAUGGUCUCUCAUUUCGCAAAGGCGAGAUUCUGGAGAUCCUGAAACAAGAGUCUACAGGGUGGUGGGCAGCCAGGAGGAAGCAGACCCGAGAAAUCGGCUGGAUACCCAAGGCCUACGUCGAGCAACUGUCUCCAGAACAAGCCGGGCGUUAUGCGAAGAUGCGCGAGGAAAUACGCUGCUACGAGCGCGACGCAGAACAGUUAUACGCGGAGGCACCCGUUACCAAAUUGAAUCUGAUUGAUUCAGAUCCAGAAUUCACUCUUUCAUCGCUAUCCAGAAACAACAGCGGCACCAAGCCCUCCCGACCGUUGUCUCCACCUACUUUGAUUCGAGCCAAGUCUCGCGAUGGCAUAUAUGAAAGGCGACCACACAAUGUGGUCACCAGUAAUCCCACAAGGCCCGUCACCCCGCAACGCUCGCACAAAUCACCACAUCCACCACCGUCCCCGACAAGCCCAAUGCCUCAUCCUCCCCCCCAAUCCGCUCCAUGUUACAACAAACCCGUCCCUCCUCUGCCAGACGAAGCUGUCACAAGAGAUCGCUCAGGAUCAUUACAAUCGAGUCGCAGCCUACGGAGACGACCGCUGCUGCUGGACGACAACACUGCGCUCUCUCGCCUGUCCACCCUCAUUGAAACUAAGAACUCUCGCGAGAUUGACAGAUACGCAGAUCCCGACAUCACAGGUUCAAUACAUGCUCUCACCAAGCGAUCCCAGUCGGAACAGGGGCGCCGCAAGGAGAACAGUGUCCGGGGGCGUACGAUGCCAACCGAGUUCCAACCCCUCAAGAAACCUUGGUACAUCCUACCUGCACAUGCCGACCAACUCGAAUUCGACAACGAAGGCAAUGUCCGUGCAGGCAGCUUGGUCGCACUAGUUGAACGUCUCACUUCGGAAAGCGCAUUCAUUGAGCCUGGAUCGAAUGGUUUCACGGGUGGUCGGAAAUCCUUCGCCUCUGUGUUCCUCAUGACAUUCAGAACGUUCACCACUUCUGAUCAACUGUUCGACAUGUUGUUGGACAGAUUUUCCAUGACCCGACCCGACAAUCUCAACGAAAUUGAAGUCGAUGACUGGAAAAAGCGAUGCCUGCUUCCCACUCAACGCCGUGUCCUGGCAGUGUUUACUUACUGGCUAGAGGAGCACAGACUUCUGGAAGAGGAUCGUCAUAUUGCGAAGAGGCUUCCAGAUUUCGUCACCCAUGUUGCAAUGCCCCGCUUACGCCCCGAGUCUCAGGCCUUGAUGCAGACGUUUGAGCGUUUGACUUUCGCAGACCCCAUCCGACCGCCCAACGGACUAACACCACGCAAACCGCGCAAGUCCAAAGCCCAUCGAAAUGACUUGCUCCGCAUGGAUCCGUCCGAUAUCGCCGAGCAAUUAACGCUCUACGAAUACAACCGCUACUCCACGAUCACCCCUCGCGAAUGUUUGGCCUAUGUUCGUACACAGAAGGGUGAUUCAGUCAUGCACCUGAACGCCUUCUGUGCUACCUAUGAUCAACUAGCAGGGUGGGUCAAGCUCAGCAUCCUCAACAAUGAUGCGAUAGCGAAACGGGCAGCCACCAUUGAUUUUUGGAUCAAGGUAGCAGAGAAAUGCCGGCAAAUGCACAAUUUCGCAUCAAUGAGCGCCAUUUUAAGCUCGCUCACGAGUGCGACUAUCACUCGUCUCGUCCUGACUUGGGCACACGUAGGACGGAAAUCGCAGCUGGACGUGCUGGCCAAGCAUAACGAGCCUACGGGUGGAUUCUCCGCCUACCGAACUCUCCUCAACAAUGUGGACGCUCAGACACCAUGCGUGCCGUUCAUCACGAUGUAUCUAACCGACAUCCUUCGCAUCCGGGAGCAGUACAGCGACGAGCCUCCUGCAAGGAUCUGUUUCACCCAGAGGCAACGUUGGCACGAUACCAUCUCGGCGUUGCUGAAGUUCCAACGCCGGAAUUAUUUUAUUCUUUUCGACGAGCCUCUAACCACGUUCGUGACAAAGAAUCUGCAGGAGGGAGGGUCGAAGGAUAAUCCAUGGUUUUGGGCUAGGAGCCAGGAAGUGCAGCAGGCUGAGCUUGCACAUGCAGAUAUUCGCAAAGGCUUAGAACAAGCUGGCUUUUGA